UGCUAAUCAGGGCACUGAUGAUCAGUUCCCCUGAUUGUCAGUGUCAACAUCCCCUGUGGCACUGAUUAUCAGUGUGCCCUUAUGAUCAGUGUAGCCCCAUCAGUGCCACCUGUCAGUGUCCAUCAAUGCCACCUGUUAGUGCUCAUCAAUGUCACCUGCCAGUGCCCAUCAGUGCCACAUCAAUGCCACAUAUCAGUGCCUACCAUAGCACAUCAAUGCCACAUCAGUGCCCAUCUGAGCUGCCUUUCAGGGCCACCUAUCAGUGCCAGUCAGUGCCGCCUAUCAGUGAUGCAAAUCAGUGGCACCUAUUAAUACCAGUCAGUGCUGCCUAUCAGUGCCAGUCAGUG